GUUGGCACGUCUAACGUUGUUGUGCCGAACAUGGCGGCCCUGCAAGUCAGCUGUGUCGCGCUUCUGUGUUUCAUGUGUUUCGCCGCUGGCCAACUUCGGGGUCCUCCAGGAAGCGUCUGCAGUUUCGUAGCCUCCCGCCAGGUAUCGUACCAAGUGGAGAACAGGAGACGCCGGGACUCAUCUCCGGGUGUUUGGGAUUACAUCGCGGAGGUGUUCGGGACGAGGGAUAGGUACCGCCGUGCUUUUGUGACUGUCUAUGGCGUCGAGUAUUUUGAGGAUUUUGAGUGCUGCCUGGGAUGGAACAGGAUUGGCGACACGUGCCAAGCUGACUGCUACUUCCCAUGUAACAAUGGACUGUGCGUGAGCACCAACGUGUGUGAGUGCGACGAAGGAUGGGAGGGACAGAAUUGUGACGAGGAUGUGGACGAGUGCUGGUAUAUGAUAGACGAGUGUGAUCAUGUGAACGGCGGCUGCGUCAACACUCAAGGGUCAUACAACUGCACCUGUAACCCUGGUCUCAACCUCAUCAACGGAACAUUCUGCCACGCUAUCCCAGACACUGACGAGUGUGGCUUGGGAAAUGGUGGCUGUGACCACAACUGUCACAACACUCACGGCUCCUUCACCUGCAGCUGUAAUGCAGGCUUUAACCUCGACAGGGAUGGGCGGACAUGUGUUGAUAUAAACGAGUGUAGUACCACCAACGGCGGUUGUGACCACUUCUGUGACAACACAGUGGGAGGUAGAACCUGUAGGUGCCGGCCCACUCAUCGUUUGGUGGGAGAAACCACGUGUCGAGAUGAUGACAUGUAUCCUUAUGGGGAAGAAGUAAACGAAUGGCCCCGUCGGUGGGAAUUUUCCGUGUGUCAGGAGGAAGAGCUUCCACCAGAGGGCUUCAGGUUCUUUGGACGGAGACAUCACAAUAUUCACAUAUGUGACAACGGAAUAGUGAGCUUUGAUGACAUCGUCCGACCAACAUGGCCGACGCUACUUCAAGAGGUGGCUGCUUACAGUGUGGCUGCGGUCAUUGCUCCCUUCCUAGCUAGAUCAAAUCCGACAAUUCUAGACAUCCUGCCAGAAGAUGAGAGAACUCAGAUCUUCUACAGCUUCUAUCAGGAUGAUGACGGAAAUCCAAACACGAACCAGAUUCUGUCAAGGGCACGGGACGAUGGAAGGUCCACUCCUGGAUUUUUUGCUCCAAAUUACGAGCCAGUGUGGGCUUUGGUGGUGACUUGGACUAGAGUUCCACCUGACUGCUCAAUGUAUAUCAACGGAUUGUGUCCUAGGCCACAUGACCAACUUCCUGUGAAUGAUUUCCAGCUUGUGAUAUCUACUGACGGAAUCCUGUCAUUUGCUAAUUUCAUCUACCCAGCCCGCGCACAACAGUGGGUCAGCCCAGAUGAAGCUCGGGCAGGCGGCAAUAACGUUUUUCCAAAGUCUUUCGUCGCUGUGGGUGGAUACAGCGCAGGUGACGGGACGCUGUUCCCUUUCCGACCGGCCACCAAUGCCAGCUUGAUACACAGAGGAUUCGAAUUCUCGGGAGAGGACAAUCGAAGACGCCCACCUGGCCUCGCGUAUCCUGUGUCCAUGAGAAACCUUUAUCUAGUCAAUGGAGGGAACUGGAAGUUUGCCCUGCAGGACCAAAACAACGUUUCGCCCCCCGAACCUGCGGUAGCGAGAUGCUCACAGUGGAUGAGACGUCAGAUAGUAGAGGAUCCAACCCAGCUGUUCGGUUACGACGCUUUACCAUCAACCCAGUCAUGUCCCUGUACGGCCGAACAGGCGUGGUUUGACUCUACCUACAACCUUCCAAGUUCAAUCACAUCGCGACCAACGUGUGCGACCAGCAGACGUCGUGUCCAUGCGUUUGUUGAUUCAGAGAGACUGAUAAUGUCCAGAAUGUGCUGCUACCAAAGGGCACAAUGGUGGACGCAGUCGUUUACUUCAGGGAACACGAGAAGCUCCAGGCAAAGGCUUGGUCAGGGUGCUUUGCAGGAUGGAAUACGAGGGGGACAUCUUAUCAUUAAUAACCAGGCUGAUGACCAAGCUGCCUUCCAGAGUUGUUGUGUGGAUGCGGCGGCCGUGCGGAAUGGCUGGUACUGUGACAGGUUCGUGCUGCAUCGCCCGCUGUCCUCCCCAACACACCCGGGCUGCACCAACUAUGGAGUCAACAUCCCAUGGACCACAACCUCGUGUUGUGAUCCUCACCUUACCACACUGGACGGUAACAAGUACUCCUUCAACGGACUUGGUGACUUUCUAAUGGCAGAUGUUGACAAUGGGGAGUACCAACUGCAGUGCCGGAUGUCACUUGCGGCAGGUACAGAACACGCCACGAUUAUUACAACAAUCAUCGCAUAUCAGAAGGAAAAACAACCCAUCCAAAUCCAGGUGUCAGGGGACUCUGACCUGGAGCUGUACGUGAACGGCAGUCUCACUGACCUGUCUGUGUUGGAUAAAGAGGGGUACGAUCUGGAGGUCGGAGACAACGCCCUGGUCACUAAACCGGCCAACAACUCUCUCUUGGUCAUCUUCUUCAGUGGCAUCACGAUACAAGCAAGUGCAAGGAAGCCGAGGAACUGGCUUGCAGAGACCCUGGAAACAGUCUGGAACCCAGACUAA